CUUUGAGGGCAAAUUUAGUCUCAGCGGUAAAAGCACUUCGUUCGUUCUAACAAGGAACCUGUUCCACCAAUUUGUGAGCGUCAACUCCACGGCAAGCCAUCAUCAUGUGUUUGUGUACAUUCUGUGGCGAGAAGUCCCAAAUCACGUGUUCCAGAUGUGAGCAGGCCUUUUGUGGGACCGAGCACCAAAGGCUUCACGAGUUUCAAGACGGAAGCGCUUGUUAUCCGUUUAGAAUCAAGGAAUCCGCCGAGGUGGGCAGAUUUAUUGUGGCAUCAAAGGAUAUACUUCCAGGGGAAGUUAUUUUCGAAGAGGAAGUUGUUGUGGCGGGGCCGAAUCAAGAAACUAUUCCCAUUUGCCUCUUCUGUCACGAAGAAGUGGAUUGCGAGUUCCUUUGCUCGUCUUGCGGUUAUCCCUUUUGCAAUGACCAUUGUUUGACUAACUGCGACCACGAACUAGAAUGUCAGAUUCUGUCUGUGGCCCAUAACAAGGAAAAGAAGAACGUUUUCAGACCAAGUGUGAUCAACCGGGAAUCUUAUCACGUCAUCUUGCCUCUUCGACUACUCUUGAGCCAACAAAAGAAACCCUAUGGCUACAAUAUGGUCAACCGACUGAUGGAUCAUAACCAGGAGAGACAAAAAUUCCCGUACUGGGAAGAAAGUCAAGUGAAAGUGGUGGACUUAAUUCGAAACGCACAUGAUCAGGGGAAUGAAAUUCCCGAGGAAAAGCUUCAUCGCAUCGUUGGCAUUCUCGAAGUGAAUGCCUACGAACUGUACGCAUCAGCCACUGGAGCAGGAUUUCGGGGCAUCUUCUGCGUGGGAUCGCUCCUCUCGCACUCAUGCAUUGCCAACACCACGCAUAUGUGGUCCAAGAGUCCUCCGUUUGUCAACAAAUGCAUUGCUUCAGUCAGCAUCAAACAAGGGACCGAGAUCUGCUCCAAAUAUGUCCAUCCAGCUACCGGCACUUGGAACAGACGUCAAGAGCUCAAAUCAGGAUGGUUCUUUGAAUGUCGAUGCGACAGAUGUGCUGAUCCUACAGAAAGUGGGAGCUCUCUUUCCACGAUCGUUUGCAAGACUUGUCAAAUGGAGGAAAACGAUUCUCAGAUGUCUUGGGCCUUACCCAAAGAUCCCCUGAGUUGGUUCACCAAUUGGAUAUGUCAUACCUGCGGCUGCGAGCAGAACGGGCUCACUGUGCAGGAAAAAAUGCAAUCCUUUCUUGACUCUUUAAAAUACAUCAUUUAUCACCACAGAAACGAUGAGAAUAAAUAUUUGGAUCUGAUUAAAGAGGCCAAAUCUUUCUUUCAUCCUCAUCAUCAGGUGUUUUGCCAGAUCAGCAAAUGGUUUUUACCCGUUUUUUGUCGAAAAUCAGGCAUGUCAACGAAGGAUUUUCCAACGCAAAAGUUGAUCAUCAAACUAGAACUGUGCAGAAAUCAACUUGAUGUUUUCGACAUAGUUUGUCCUGGAUUGACUAAAUAUCGAGCUAAGGUCAUGUUUGAAUAUGUGGAUGUUGCUCUGGCCUUAAGAGAGAAAGGAGAAACGGGACUAAAACUUCCAGAUCCAUUCACCUUACAAUCCAUGGCUGAAGAAUCCUACCAUAUCUUGAGUCUUGAAAACCAUCUUACCCCAUUUGAAGAAUGUAUAUUUUACUCGUUGUGCAUGAUUUUGAAGAACUAGCAUCAAUGAAUGAACAUGGCUUUGCGCGGCCUGAAUCUAUGCCUAAGAAAAUCUUAACAUUGUAAGAUAUUUGAUCCACCAACGUAAGAGAGUAACAGCGCUUGAAUUUUGUUGAUCGUUUACAAAUCGAAAACGACUCUUGCACUCUCUGUGAUACGUGAAGAGCGUUGUCAAAAAAUGAAAGAAUAAAAGAUGCAAUACGACAAGGCUGCGA